AUGGAUUUUAGUAAUUAUAGUGAUGAGCAGCUAAGACAGAUGCUGAGAGACUUGGAAGAAGACAACGAUACCAUGCAAAGUGAAAGCAAACUCAUCGAAAGUUAUGGAAGUUAUGAAGACUAUGAAGAUUAUGAAUAUUACGGAGGCUAUGAAGAUUAUGAGGAUUAUGAAUUUGGUGGUGGAGGAGAUUAUGAAGUUGAAGAGGGAUUAGGAUCUGGAGUUGAAGAUGAAGAUGAAGUCGAAGAUCAUGAAGGUGUAUGCUCAAGUACUGUAGAUGAGGAUGUUACUACCAUCUGUGGUGAACUUGAAUGCAUAGAAGCCCGCGAAAAAGGAGCAGAUUUGAAUUUUGGCAGGUGAAAUGGAAAAUUCGAAAAUGAAGCAGUUAGAGAAACUAAGACUGUAAUUGAAUCAAGGAUAAGAAAAAAUGUAUGGCAUAAUUAUAGAGCCAGAAUUGAGACAGAAGUGAGAACGACAGCGAGACUUUUUGUUGCUUUAAGUGAAGGAAAAGACACCUUAGAGGCGAAUCCAUACAUCUGUAAUUUUGAAUUUAUUAGAUGAUUACUUGUGUUUGUUUGAAUCUUUCUAGAAGCUCAUAUUUGAAUUCAAUUUUUAAGUUUGGAGAUUUUUUGAGUGAAUUGUGAUUUUUGUGAUAGAAGAAAAGGUUGAUUAAAAGCAAGUGAAGUGCGGAUUUACCGCUUUAAAGGAUAA